AUGUUCACAAACGCCCUCAAAUCCUUUACCUCCAACAUCACCUCCAACUACAUCCUCUCUCCCGAACCAACCACCUACUGCGGCCCAUGGCGAAUCCACGACGCAAAAAAGAAGAAAACGAACCAAGCCGUCUCUGUCUGGAUUUUUGAGCGGAAAUCGCUUGAGUCGGGCGGCGGCUCCAGCAAUGGUCUCUCGCUCCGUGGUGGUGGUAGCUCCAGGGAUGGCCUCAAGGCCGCACAGGACGAAGUUGUGGAGAGGUUGAAGAAAGGGGCCAGCUUACUUGCAAGAUUGCGACACCCAUGCGUGCUGGAACUUGCGGAGCCGGUAGAAGAUACGCGAGGUGGGGGGUUGAUGUUUGCGACGGAGGCUGUCUUGAGCAGUCUUUCGAAGCUGCUGCAAGAGAAGGAUGAGGAGGAGGGCAGAAGUAAUGGGAGAUAUGGAAGGGAGAGCGCAAUAGGUGGUAGGAGACGAGCAGAUAUUGAUAUCGACGAGUUGGAGAUCCAGAAGGGCUUGCUGCAGAUCGGGAAGGCGUUGGAGUUUCUUCACGAGAGUGCAGCAUUGGUUCAUGGGAACAUCACGCCGGAUGCUGUCAUGAUCAAUGCUAAGUCUGACUGGAAGCUCACUUCUCUAUCAUUCACGAUUCCAUCUACAAACCCCCCACUCCCACCGGCGUUCGACGCCCGUCUACCUCCGAAUGUUCAGAUUGCUCUCGACUACGCUUCCCCAGAACUUGUUCUCGACAACUCCAUCUCACCAUCUACAGACUUGUUUUCCCUUGGGCUUCUUAUCGUGGCCCUGUACAACCACCCGCACAAAUCCCCUCUUGAAACACACAACUCAACUUCCAGUUACCGACGCCUCCUCAGCACACCAUCGACCACCCCGAAUACAUCCAACAAUUUCCUUUCUUCGAAGCCGCUCCCGCGAGCCCUUGUCGAUGCUCUUCUCCCGCACCUUCUCACCCGCCGACCCGCUGGCCGCAUCACUGCGCGCGAAUUCCAGGAGAACGAGUAUUUCGACAACAUCCUCGUCUCUGCCCUGCGCUUCCUCGACAGUCUCCCCGCCAAAACCCCUAGUGAGAAAUCUGCUUUCAUGCGAGGCCUCCCAAAGGUCCUCCCACAGUUUCCCCGCAGCGUUCUAGAAAAGAAGAUUCUCCCGGGCCUUGUCGAAGAGCUGCGAGACGGCAGUAUGCUAGCGCUCGUCCUUCCGAACGUUUUCGCCAUUGCCGAAGCCGGCUCCGCCCGCCUUUUCAGCGAGAAGGUCCUACACAAGCUGAAAGAAGUGUUCUUACCCCCCGGCGGCACUAGCGCACCCUCCACCGAGCCCAAGACCGCCGCGGCCAAGAUCGCGGAGCGUGAGAAGGAAGCUGGGCGUGAAGGCGGGCUGACGGUCGUGAUCUCGAGCCUACCCAUCAUAAUGGAGAAGACAACGUCGCGCGAGUUCAAGGAGGAUAUCCUGCCCAUUUACCAGCUUGCGCUCGAGUCGCCGACACAUGCACUGCAGGACCUGGCGUUAAGGUCACUGGUGGUUAUACUCCCAAAGCUAGACUUUCCGACAUUAAAAAAUGACCUGUUCCCCGUGGUGGCUUCAGUAUUCACGAAGACCUCGUCGCUGGGUAUCAAGAUUCGUGGGCUGGAGGCGUUUAAGGUGCUGUGUGGGGGGACGCCCCCGGUUAAUACUGAUGGCUUGGAAGGGUUCAAUAAGAUUGAGAAGCAGAGAGCCGGGGACUGCCCGGUGCUGGAUAAGUACACGAUUCAGGAGAAGGUGGUGCCGCUAUUGAAGGGUAUCAAGACGAAGGAGCCAGCAGUGAUGAUGGCAGCACUAGAGGUUUUCUCAGAGAUUGGGAAGAUCUGUGACCGGGAAAUCGUAGCAAUGGAGUUACUGCCAGGGCUGUGGACCAUGAGUUUUGGCCCGCUGCUGGGUCUGGAGCAGUUCCAAGCAUUCAUGGCCACAAUCAAAUCCCUCUCCUCAAAGAUCGAACAAGAGCAAACCCGCAAACUCCAAGAACUCUCCUCCUCUGGCCCCAGCAACCCCAGCAACGGCGCGGGUGAAUUCCUAUCAUUCGGCGGCAUCCCCGGCGCCAACACCGGCUCCUCCGGCGGUGACGGUGACGCCUUCGCAGACCUCGUCUUCGGCAAGAGCAAGCCCAGUAAUGGCACCAGUAGCCCCGGCUGGGGCGGCGCCGGCAGCAGCAACAAUGAUAUUGGCUCGAGCUUGGGCCCGGCGCCACAAAAGAAGCAGGAGACGGCAUCGUUCAGCUGGUCCACGCCCAGCAGCGCAACACAUAGUCCGCCGCCCAGCCUGCGACCACAGCGGGCCGCCACACCAGACUCACGAUUCGCGCCAUUGACGCCAUCGUCACCGGGAAUUCCACCACCGCUCAGUAGCAGCAACAGUAUGAGCAUGGGAAUGGGCAUGGGCAUGGGCAUGGGUAUGGGCACACUACAGCCGCAGCCCUCCCCCGGCUUCGGCAGCACAACCGCCCUCCGCCCACAGCAGCCGCAGCAACAGCAGCAACAAAACACACAGAAUAAUAUGAGCGGCAUGACAAUCGACUGGUCCUCCGUUGCCGGUACAAAGAAGCCAACGCUCAGCACGGCGCCGUUGACGCCGAAGCCGAGCACUUCCAUUAACUACGGUAUGGGACUGGGUAUGGGUAUGAACCAGGCCCAGGCCCAGGCCCAGAACCGGAACAAUGGGUUCCCGUCGCUGCAGCCGCAGCCGCAACAGCAGCAACAGAGCCAUCCGACGAUACUGUAUGGGCAGACGCGGCAGCAGGCAGCGCCAGCGCCGCAAGGGACAGGCGCGUUUGCGGGCUUUAUGAUACCGCCGCCGCCUGGGAGUGGUGGUGGCGGAGGCGGUAUGGGUAUGGGAGGGGUGGAGGGAUGA